UAUCCACUUGCAAAUUAUUUGAAUCGAUGAAGUUCAUAAAGAUAAGACUAAAAUACACAGACCCAGAUGCGAGUUUUUUGAUGGAUACAAUCCUUAUUAAGAUAAGGAAGACUAGGAUAACUUACACAGCAUAUCAUAGUUGAAAGUUAGUUAUUAAGAACUGUACUAACUACUCUUGCAUAUCGUAUUUGAAUGUUAGGUUUUAAAUACUCUUGCAGAACAUUUGUUCAAUGCGCACGCGCCCAAUAUAAUCGAUGACCAUUUGAGUUCCGUGUCUAGGCGUAUUUGAUUACCUCAAAUCACAAGCUAGACAGACAGCUGGUGUCCUGUUUUUUGUUUGGGCUGUGAUUUGAGCUAAAAAAAUGAGUUUUAGUGGAGAUUUGGUGAAUGCUGAGGAUGGGAAGAGAAAGGGUCUUGAUGGGGAUUUGGAGAAUGAUGAAGAUGUGAAGACACCAUUGAUUCAUCAAACAAAUAGUUGGUAUAGCAGUUCCUUUCGUGGUAUUGAGAGAGGGGGCAGCAGCAAUCAAGUUCCAGGGACUACAGCUGAAGAAAGUUCUGUUAAUGCUAUACUUUUUACACUUAUUGUGGCUUUGGGUCCUCUGCAAUAUGGGUUCACAAAUGGAUAUUCAUCGCCUACUGAGAGUAGUAUUAUGAAAGAUCUCAACCUAACCAUUUCUGAGUUUUCUUUAUUUGGAUCACUUUCCAAUGCUGGGGCAAUGAUUGGGGCUAUGGUCUGUGGGCUACUUGCUGAUUAUAUUGGAAGAAAAGGGGCACUGGUGGCAGCCUCAAUACCAAAUAUUCUAGGGUGGAUAGCCAUUUGUUUAGCAGAGGAUUCCUCAAUUUUGUAUCUAGGUAGGAUAUUGACAGGCUUGGGAGUAGGAAUCAUAUCAUUUACUGUGCCUGUGUAUAUUGCUGAGAUAUCUCCUAAGCACUUGCGUGGAGGUCUUGGCACAAUCAACAUGCUUUCCAUAACAAUUGGUAUAUUCGUCGUAUAUCUAUUGGGAAUGUUCAUUUCCUGGAGGCAUCUUGCAAUUGCAGGUGCAGUUCCCUGUAGUUUAUUGGUUCUUGGGCUUUUUUUAAUCCCAGAAGCUCCAAGAUGGCUGGCUAAGAUUGGUAAAGAUUUGGACUUUGAAGCUUCCUUACAAGUCCUUCGUGGGUUGGACUCUGAUGUUUCAAUUGAGGCAACUGAAAUUAGGAGUGCAAUGGAGCUAAACAGGCAAGAACCAAAUAUUAAAUUGUCAGAGUUAUGCCAGAGGAGAUAUGCAUUCCCUCUUACUAUUGGCAUUGGGCUGCUUGUAUUGCAGCAGCUGACAGGAAUAAGUGGCAUUAUGUUCUACAAUACUUCCAUUUUCAAAGCUGCUGGAAUCUCAGAUGCUGAGGUUGCAUCCCUUGGACUGGCUGGAGUGCAGGUUCUGAUGACUGGAAUCAUUGCAUGGCUAAUGGACAAGGCUGGUAGGCGUAUUCUCCUCAUGAUCUCAUCUGCAGGAAUGGCAGCCAGCCUUUUCCUCAUAGGGAUUGCAUUCUACUUAAAGAGCCAUAUACCAGCAGAUACUUAUUUGGCCAGUAUUUUGGCUUUAAUUGGUUUAUUGGCUUGCAUUAUAUCCUUCUCUCUUGGUAUGGGGGCAAUCCCAUGGAUUAUUAUGUCUGAGUCUUAUACACGCUCAACCAUAAAGUACCUACUCCAUUCUAUUCUACUACUGCAGAUACUUCCUAUCAAUGUCAAGGGCAUUGCUGGUAGUGUGGCGACGUUGGCCAAUUGGUCUCUUUCCUGGGCAGUGACAAUGUCAAUAAACUUACUCUUAGAAUGGAGCAAAACAGGAACAUUCAUGCUGUAUGCUCUGUUCAGUGCUCUUACCUUAACGUUUGUGGUGCUGUUUGUGCCUGAAACUAAGGGAAGAACACUGGAGGAAAUUGAGGCAUCACACAGAUAAGGUUUAAAAUAGUUAGGAACCAUCAAUAGUACUCUUGGAUGAUACGUUGCUAUACAAGCAUUCGGUUCUUGUAAUGGAUGCGGUUGGUGCACGGAAUAAAAUAUGCUGGCCAUGAAAUUGAAAGAUAAUACACCAUAUAUUGGGAAUUGUAUUUUGUACUCAAAUUUGGGUUGGGGCAAGUCCUCAAUACACCAAAGCAGGUAACACCUAUGCAGCUAGUAUUGAGGAAUCCAGUGCCUAUUUUGAUAAAGAAACAUUGGCACGGGAGUCUUAUGAUGACCUUCCGAAGCAUUUGAAUAGUAGUGGGCAUUUGGUAUUGAAUAGUGACAUAUUGUUCUUUAGGCUCUUCAGUUAGCUGAAAAUUAUUGAUCUUGUAGUGAAUUGUACUCCAAUUUUUCUGUGUGAAAUUAAAUUGAUUAUUUAUUGUUA